CUGUCAAAAUAUAAACUUUAUUAAUCACUUCUUAGUUGUUCGCCCUUUUCGAUUAAAAAUAAAAACUACUUUGUUCAUCCAUCAUUUGAAAAGUUUAUCAAAUAUUUUAUUUCUUGUCAAUAAAACAAAAUGAGACUAAUUCCUAAUCUUCAGAUCCUUCGUCGUAUGAGUCUUUUGGUUAGACAAAAUUUCCAUGCAGAAUGUGAAAAAGAAAUUAAUCGGCAAAUUAAUAUGGAACUUUAUGCCAGCUAUGAGUAUAUGGCUUUGGCCUUUUACUUUGACCGAACAGAUGUUGCACUUCCCGGACUAAGCAAAUGGUUUAAAAAAUGUUGCGACGAAGAGAAAGUCCAUGCUGAAAAGUUAAUGACCUAUCUUAACAAACGUGGCGGAACUAUUGUCCUGAGCAAUAUUGAAAAACCAAAAUUUGUCUAUGAAUCGGUUAGGAAAUCAAUGCAAUACGUAUUAGACAUGGAAAAAUCUGUGAAUAAGAGUCUCCUGAAGUUGCAUGCGGUAGCUACGGAUAAGAAUGAUCCAAAUCUGUGUGACUUCCUUGAAUCCGAAUACCUUCAUGAACAAGUACAUGCCAUCAAGGAGAUAUCUGAUUAUAUUCGACAAAUCGAACGUAGUGAAGAGGAACUUGGUGUUUACGUCUUCGAUAUAAAUUUUAAUGACAAAAAGUAAAUUUGUAUACUGAUGUGAUGUUGCUACUGCUGCUAUUGAUUGAACUAUGUCAAUUAAUCAAUUAGUGGAUAAGAAACUUCCGGAUGAUAGACGGGACUGGACGGGGCGGGGUGGCGUGUUGUUGAAUGUACCUUUAUAUAAAAGAAUCGCAUAUUUAUAUUUAUUUUUUGCUUUUGACGAUUAUCAACGGAAGAAAUUGAAAUUUUUGUAGCACAAA